AUGAAUAAAGAUCUCGGGAAAGAAAGGAAAUUUUUGAGGUUUAAAAAGAAAGGGUGUCGAACAACUCAAAGUAUAAGAAAGAACAAUAGUUUUUGGACGUACAUUGACAAAAAUGGCCGUAACAAUAGUGUAUUGAGCAUCGGUGCACAACUUGAACUGGUCUAUUAUUGGUGUCGAAGUAUAAAACAGAAUACAAUUGUGACUUUAACCGGUAGAUCAGAUCAUACAGUGUGUGACUGGAACUUGUGUCAUCGUGUACCUGUCAGAAUGUUGAAAAUCAUACUAAAUUUGGAGGACUCGGAAUAG